AUGGUGCUGGAAAAGAAACGGUAUAUUGUGUUCACAACAAACAGCAGUGCGGUAUUUACCACACAGGAUGUGCGCAAGGGCAUUGUCAACUUGGCAAAUUCUGAGCUAACCGAUUGGGAGUAUGCGCUGACAGUCCCAAAGCUGAAAGUAGUUGAGUACUAUCCCGCGCUAAGAAUAGGGAUAGCAAAAGUGAUUCUCUCUGGCGUAGCGAACAUCCAGAAAAUAUUUGAAAAAACAGUGUCCGUCAAUGAGUCCAACUUAUCUGUAAAAGUAGUAAGAAUCUCGGGAAUAAUAAAGAAAGCAAAGAAGUGGAUUGCCAAGACACAGAGUCAGGCUAAGAUCAGCAGAGAGUAG